UCUUGCUUCUCAUCCCACUUGUCAUUGGCAGAAUCGUCGAAGUUGACAUCGACACGGAUUGCCAUAUACAAAAAUAGAAUAGAAUAGAUUUUGGUUGGUCAGAAUGGUCAGUCAGCUGCUCGAAAUUAUCAAAAUACCUCCAAUAAAUCUCCAAUCCUAAUUGAUAAGUAAACCUCACAAUUCACAACCGAUGAAUAGGGAUUGUAGUGUCAGCAUAAUACGCAAAUUUACUACGUUGUGAAUAUUUCAAGAUUUUAUAUUUACCAACAUUGCGACGAACUUUCAAAUAAAAGCACUUACUUGCCGUCAAGCAAAAGCUUUAAUAAUUCAUCAUAGUAUUAUAAGGGAUACUCUUAUCUCCUUAUCUCCAAUAACUAAAGAAGUUGGAUUUGAAGACAUGGAAUCAACUGACACAAACACAGCUGAUGCUGAAAAAGGCUUAGAUGAUGUUGAACUAAAGUAUACUUUACUGCCAUUCGAAAGGCAAAUAUUUGUAGAUGCUUUUGAAAAAGAAGCACUUGUCAUCAUGGCUAAGGGAAUUAAUUACAAUAACAUAAUAUCAAAUUUACUGUGGAUUUAUAAAGACCCUGAGCAUUUGGUUUUUGUGUUGAACAGUGGAGAACAAGAAGAAAGAUAUUUUACUGAAAAAUUUGGAUUAUCACCUUUGCCCAAUCUUGGAACUGAUAGAGAGAAAGCAUACUUAGAGGGAGGGAUACAUUUUGUUUCAACUCGCAUUUUAGUUGUGGACUUGUUGAAGAACAGAGUUCCCAUUUCCCAUAUAACGGGCAUCAUUGUUUUGAGAGCACAUACUGUUCUAGAAUCAUGCCAGGAAGCUUUUGCAUUGAGACUCUACAGACAAAAUAAUAAGACUGGUUUUGUGAAGGCAUUUUCAAAUUCUCCUAUAUCAUUUACAUUUGGCUACAAUCAUGUGGAGAAGGUUAUGAGGGCAUUAUUUGUUACUGAGCUAUUUUUAUGGCCAAGGUUCCAUGGCUCAAUAAUCAAAAGUCUCAAGAGUAGACAAGCAGAAGUGGUGGAGUUGCAUGUGCCGCUGACCACCAACAUGCGGUUCAUUCAGACUUGCUUGCUUGAUAUCAUAAACUACACUGUGAAACAACUCAAAAGCAUCAAUAGGACUUUGGAUAUGCAGGAAAUAACAACAGAAAACUGCAUAACAAAAAAGUUCCACAAAAUUCUUCAGUCACAGCUAGACUGUGUUUGGCAUCAGUUAAGUACAAGAACAAAAGAGUACAUACAAGAUCUCAAAGUACUGCGGAGCAUGGCUGUUAACUUGAUAGAUGAUGAUGCUGUUUCAUUCCAUGCUUUAGUAAGUAAAUACAGCACACAAGAAUAUGCACAGGUCAACUCUGGAUGGAUACUUUUAGAAUCAGCUGAGCAGUUAUUCCGAAUAGCCAGAGGAAGAGUGUUUAAUCAUAAACAAGAAUUCGAUCCAGAACAUUGUCCAAAAUGGAAAUGCCUCAGUGAUCUACUGUCAAAAGAAAUACCUGAAGAAGUUAAGAAAAAAGAUGGAGCAAACCUAAAUAAUACGAAAAUAUUAGUUCUUUGUCAGGAUAACAAAACAUGUUCCCAAUUAAAUAAUUUUCUAACAAUGGGCCCACAUAAAUAUCUAUUUUACAUGGCGUUUAGAAGAGACCUCACUAUAAAUAGUGUUUCAUCUAAAUAUACAAAUCUGAAGAAGCCUAAAACUGAAGAUACAAAUGAUAAAGAUGCAAAACGUAAGGAAGAAGUGAAAGAUGCUGACAAUAAAGAAGAGGAAGAUUUUAAUGCAGAUGAAACUAAAUCUAAUUACCUGCUAACUUUAACACAAUGUAAUGCCCAAGCUGAGGCAGUAGACGCAAGUAUGUUUGAGCCAAUUUCGCAGAUGGAAAAUUUAGAUUUUACUCAACUUGAAAUAGAGAGGCCCGUUAUUUGCAUUCGAACGUUCAAAGAAAGUGGCUGCAACUUUUCCCUGGAGCGUACAUUAGAAGCGUUGCGGCCAGAGUACGUGAUCUUAUACCACUGUGACGUCGCCGCAGUUAGACAAAUAGAACUAUUCGAGUGCCGCAAAAGAAACGACGAACCCAAAACUAAAGUUUACUUUGUAAUUCAUGAUAAAACAAUAGAGGAACAAUCCUACCUUACCACUCUGAAGAGAGAGAAACAAGCUUUUGAAUUAUUAAUCCAGACAAAAAGUGUAAUGGUAGUGCCAUCAUAUCAGGAUGGCAAGACGGACGAGUAUUUUAACUUGAAUGUAGAACAUGAGGACAAUGCCUUAGACACUCGGAAAGCAGGUGGGCAAAAUCAGCAAAAAGAGAAGCCGGCAGUUAUCGUAGACAUGAGAGAAUUUCGUUCAGAUCUGCCAGCCUUACUUCACAAGAAGGGCAUCAACAUUGAGCCUGUUACAAUCGCCAUUGGUGACUACAUACUUACACCGGACAUCUGUGUUGAAAGGAAAUCUAUUUCCGAUUUGAUUGGAUCCCUUAAUUCUGGCCGACUCUACACGCAAUGCACCCAAAUGUGUCGAAAUUAUAGUCGCCCCAUUCUUCUUAUUGAAUUCGACCAAAAUAAGCCAUUUAAUUUACAGGGCCACUUCGUAGUAUCAACUGACAUAUCAGGCGCAGACAUACAACAAAAGCUUCAACUGCUCACCAUACACUUCCCUCGGUUGAAGCUGGUAUGGUCUCCAAGCCCCUAUGCUACUGCAGAAUUAUUUUAUGAACUAAAACAAGGUAGAAAAAAUCCUAACGUAGCAGAAGCUCUAGCUCUCAGUGGCGAUAACACCGCCGAAGAUAUGCAUUACGAGCGAUACAACAUCCUAGUUCAUGAUUUUGUGCAAAAGCUACCCGGAGUCAACUCGAAAAAUAUCGCAAGAAUUAUGGAUCGAGGCAAAUCGUUGGAUCACCUCAUUACUUUAUCCCAAGAUGAGUUACAAACUUUGAUAGAGAACAAAAAUGAUGCAGCAACCUUGCAUUCCAUUCUACACGUCAAGCCUCGCCCCGUAGAUGCAAAUAAGGACGACAAAUCCUAUGGAAAAAAGAAAUUUGGCGGGAAGCCGUUCCAGAAUAAAAGAAAGUGAUUUGUGAUAUGUAAAUAAUUUAUUAUUUAAACCAUACAAUAAUUUAAGAAGCAAUGGUGUGAACAAUACAAUAAAAUCAUUGGAUAUAA